GGUGGGAGGGAGGGAGGGAGAUUCCCGGGGGCCGCAUCCCGACCCAUCCCGAUCCAUGGAAUAAAGUGGCCCGUCCCGCCUCGCCUGCUUUUUUCUUCCCCCCCUUUUUUCCCGGCCAUGGAGGUGCUGGAGAGCGGGGAGCAGGCCCUCCUCACCUGGGACCGAAAGCUCAGCGAGCUGUCCGACCCGGGAGACUCCGACGUCCUGCUCUACAACACGCACUUCACAGAGCUCCUGGACGAGUUUUCCCAGAACGUCCUGGGCCAGCUCCUGAACGACCCCUUCCUGUCCGAGAAGAAUGAGCUGAUGGAGGUGGAGCUGUCCCCGGCGUCCCCGGCCCCCCUCAUCCAGGCGGAGCACAGCUACUCCCUCUGCGGGGACUCCCGCCCCCAGUCCCCGCUCACCCACAUUUCCACCGACGACAACUUCCAUGAAGCAGACCUGGAGGGCGAGGAAUGGUGCCUGGCGCCGGAGUUGACCCCAGAGGCCAUCAAGACGGAGCCGACGGCGUCGUGCGAGACCCCCGGGCUCGUCCCCUCCGUCACCCUGACCGUCACGGCCGGCCCCGGCCCUCUGGGGGAAGAGGAGCCCCAGCUGCAGAGCGAGGCUGGGAUCCAAUCCCCGAGCCACAAGGCUCUUCCCAAGAUUAAACUGGAGCCGCACGAAGUGGAUCAGUUCCUGAACCUCUCUUCUAAGGAAGCCAUGGACCCCCUGCAGUUGCCUCCGACCCCGCCCAGCAGUCACGGCAGUGACUCGGAGGGAAGUCAGAGCCCCGGCCGGUCUUUGCCGCCCUCCAGUCCGGUCCAGACCCAGUCAGCGGCCGUGAAAGUGACCCCGCGGGCCGCCUCGGCCCUGUCCAGCUCGCCGCUCCUGACGGCGCCCCAUAAGCUUCAGGGCUCAGGCCCUCUGAUCCUGACAGAGGAGGAGAAGCGGACAUUGAUCGCCGAGGGUUACCCCGUCCCCACCAAACUGCCCCUGACCAAAGCAGAGGAAAAGGCGCUGAAGAAAAUCCGAAGGAAAAUCAAGAACAAGAUCUCGGCCCAGGAAAGUCGGAGGAAGAAGAAAGAGUACAUGGACAGCCUAGAGAAAAAGGUGGAGUGCUGCUCCAACGAAAACAAUGAACUGCGCAAGAAGGUGGAAGUUCUGGAGAGCACCAACAGAACUCUCCUGCAGCAGCUCCAGAGGCUUCAGGCCAUGGUCGCCAGCAAGGUCUCCCGCUCCUGCAAAGCCGCCAGCACGCAGACAGGCACCUGCCUCAUGGUGGUGGUGCUCUGCUUCGCCCUCAUCUUCGGCAGCUUCUCCCAGGGCUCCGGGCCCUACCCGUCGGCCACCAAGAUGGUCCUGCCGAGCCGGCAUUCCACUCCCGAGUCGUACACCGCCUCCGUCGUGCGAUCGAGGAGCCUGUUAAUCUACGAAGAGCAUCCCCCGCUGGAGGAGCCGUACCGCACCGCCUCGUCCGUGGAACGCGGGGACGUCUGGGAGCGCUCCAGGGCUCCCCCCUUGCACGGGAUGUCGCUCCCCAAAGCCGAAGGGGAUGAGGGGGACGAAGUGGCCCGGUUCGUCCUAGCCAACCAGACCGGGCUGGAGAAGUCGGUGCUGUUAGAGCUGCAGCAACACCUGGUCAGCUCCAAGCUGGAGGCCAAUGAAACACUGAAGGUCAUCGAAAUCGACAGAACAGUCAACGCUACACUCUGAAGACCAUCCUCUUCCUAGGAAGCCAAGCCUGCUCUGGGCUUGCCCCCACCUACAACCAAGAGGCUGGCAGAGAGCCUUCACCCCGCCUCAGACAACAGGAGAGACCGGGACUGCAGAGGCCUCCCUUCUGUCCCCUUCCCCCAUUAUCCCCUCCCCUCCCCUCUUCCCUCUCCUCUGCCUUUUUUACACCUCUUUCCCCCCCCUCCUCCCUGCCCGGAGAUAGUAUUAGUGUGGAGGGAGGAGACCGAGAUCUACCAGCACGCCAGAAAGAGUGGGGUUUUUUUCCACCCUGUUUCGUUGGGGGAUGACCCAAGACGUUGAGGGCGGGGAGCUCAUUGGUUGAGUUGGGCGCAGGGGAGGAAGAGUCUUCAGAAGAGACAACCCGAUGGGACCGCUGGGGGGAUGACGGGCAGGUGACGAACCACUGGCUUUCCGGGCCGCUUCGACCCCGACGUGGGACAGCGGUUCCCAGAAGGCAGCAGGGUGGGAUCCGAACAUCUCCGAGGCCCCAGAUAGCCCCCGCUCCCGCUCCGCCGGUGCCCCAGCCUCAACCCGAACCUCCCUUCAGAUCCCGCCUCCCCUCACCCCUCGAAGAGAGCUUUCCUCAUGAGGAAAGCCCCUACUCCGCCUGCCCCAUCUGCUUUUGUCUCUCGUAGGCUUUCCCCUCCCAGCUCUGCCCGUAGGCCUCACUUCCCCAGGUCCUACUCGUUGUAAAUAGUAUUUAUUAGUUUUCCCGGCCUUCCCCGGGAGCAGCGCAAGGGAACAUUCUCGGUGCCCGAGUUCAGAGUUCCUACUCCAGGUUGCUCUGAACUCCCCCCACACCCCCCCCCAACCCAAAUUGGUGCCACUGAGGCGAUGAGGUGGCCGGGCCUGCCUCUACGCGCCUCAGGUCAGUGCUUAGGGAUGGGAACAGCGGGAGAAAGCAGGGGAAGCCCAGUGGAAAGAGCCCAGGACUGGGAGCCAGGAGGCCUGGGUUCUCUUCCCGGCUCUGCCACUUUCCUGCCGUG